AAAUGCUUGUUAUCAGUUCAUGCGCUGUGUUACAACAUGUUAUCAAUCAUUCUCAUGAAUGAAUAUGAUUCAUUGUUGAUGUUUUCUCUUCGUUAAUUUCGCAGAUACAAGUCUUGGCAAAGAUAAUAAUUGGCACCCACCAAACAUCUCCCUCACUGCGCCCCACCACAACCACAACGCUUGAUGGAAUCUCGGAGCACUUCUCUUUUCAUUUAAUUUCUUUUGUGCACUGAUAAAUCGUUGUGACCUUCGAAGGAGCGUGUCUCAGCAUUUAUUUUCAUUGUCAGUCGAGCGGGAAAAAAUCAAUGGAGGACCUUACGCCUUUAACCAACCUUCAACAGUUUUAGUUCCAAGUGUUUUUGUUUUUUCAACUGCCUGCAAGUUAAGCGCAACCACAACAAUUUCAACCGCAAUAUCUAUUUGGCAUUUCGCUAAUUCUCCAUAUUUUAUAGUUCCGAGGGUGCGCCGCGCAAGAAAAAGAUGUCGGAACGCCAGCCUCUUCUGCUUCAGAGCGACGCCUCCGACUAUGAGGGCAGCCGUGGAUCGGCGGUGAGACCCGUGCGUAGUUCUCCGCCGGACAACACCCUGGUAAACGUGCACAGCGAGGAUAGCCUGGCUGUGCACGCAGCUGCCUCUGGAUCAGGAGACGAUGAACAAGGAUCCUUGGACAAGUCCGGCUACAAUCCAACCCAUCACCGCACCCUGGAACAUCCCACAUCUAAUUUCGAUACUCUAGUACAUCUGCUGAAGGGCAACAUAGGCACCGGCAUCCUGGCCAUGCCAGACGCCUUCAAGAACGCCGGUCUAUAUGUGGGCCUCGUUGGCACCAUGAUAAUGGGAGCCAUCUGCACCCACUGUAUGCACAUGCUGGUGAACUGCUCCCACGAGCUGUGUCGGCGACUUCAGAAACCUUCCCUAGACUUCUCUGAGGUGGCCUACAGCAGCUUUGAAACUGGGCCGAUCGGUCUGAGACGGUAUUCGUCACUGGCCAGGCGAAUUAUCACCACGUUCCUUUUCAUAACCCAGAUCGGUUUUUGUUGCGUCUAUUUCCUUUUUGUGGCUCUAAACCUCAAGGAUGUUAUUGACCACUACUACGUGAUUAAUUACCGAAUAUACUUGGUGCUCUUACUGAUGCCCAUGAUUGUGCUCAACUUGGUGAGGAACCUCAAGUACCUGACGCCUGUUUCGCUCAUAGCCUCCAUUCUGACGGUGGUUGGGCUGGCCAUUACCUUCUCGUAUAUGCUCCACGAUUUGCCCGAUGUGCACACCGUCAAGCCGUUCGCCAGUUGGGCCACGCUGCCGCUCUACUUUGGGACAGCGAUCUAUGCUUUUGAGGGAAUCGGCGUUGUGCUACCGCUGGAGAACAAUAUGCGAACACCAGAGGACUUCAGCGGACCUACUGGUGUACUUAACACGGGAAUGGUUAUUGUGGCAUGCCUCUACACCUCAGUAGGUUUCUUCGGCUACCUGAAAUAUGGCGAUGCAGUUAAGGGCAGCAUUACCCUGAAUUUGCCUCAAGGCGAUACUCUGUCUCAGUUGGUGAAAAUAAUGAUGGCAGUGGCCAUCUUCCUGUCGUAUACGCUUCAGUUUUACGUUCCCGUCAAUAUUGUAGAGCCUUUUGUGUGCAGCCACUUUGAUACUCAGCGAGGCAAGAACAUGGCUGCAACGCUCCUGCGGAUCAUCCUUGUCACCUUUACCUUCCUGCUGGCCACCUGCAUUCCGAAUCUGGGCGCUAUUAUUUCUCUGGUGGGUGCCGUGAGCAGUUCAGCAUUGGCGCUUAUUGCACCGCCAAUAAUCGAAAUAUUUACCUUUUAUAACGUUGGAUACGGCCGAUAUAAAUGGAUGCUGUGGAAGGACAUUGCCAUUAUGGUUUUUGGCCUUUGUGGGUUUGUUUUUGGCACUUGGGUCAGUUUAUUGGACAUCUUCAAGAAACAUACAGACUAAGAUCGAAACGAAGACAAACGAACAUACAGGACGGCUUAUUCUGCCUACAAAUAUGUGUGCGAAUUUAUGAUGAAGGCUUUAUUUAGUUUUCCCUGUUCCAAGCUGGUUCUUUUCAGUGGCGGUGCUCAAUAGUUUAAAUUAUUACUUGUCGAAUAGGUUGCAUUUUUUUUUACGUUCGAUUAGCUGCAAUUUGUACCAGACAAUAACUAGCAUUUUAAGUAGAAAGUUGUACGUUAUGUUUUUGGAUUAGUAUGUGAGUUGAAGAUUCAUUCUGUGUUAACUCGAGGACCGCACAAUGCCAAACGUGAUUUUGCGUAGUAUUCUUAAAUAAAUUAUUGUUUAGAUUUUACUACUAUGUAGACUAGGGGUCAGGGCAGAUCAUUCCAAAGCAAUGGCAAAGAAUAUCCCAAAUACCGAUGUUAGCUAAAGUUAUCUGCAUACUUUUAUCGUUCUUGUAUUUGUAAUUAUGAAUAUUAUAUACUCCUUAUACACUUAUUGGAAGCCCCAUCUCGACCUCUGAUACGUGUGUAUAUAUAUUUUUACAUCUAAUUCGAUGUAUCAACAAAUGUUCUUUAAUUGUUUAUCGAGUAACAAAAGACAAUAAUUAAUGUAAUGUUUAUAAAAAUCCA